AUGACGGACGCAUCCGAUCCCGAUCGCGAUGGUCCCACCGCUGCGCAGAAAGGCAAAGGGCCCGAGACGGCCGAGGCUGUGACUGCGCCGGAGGAAUUGGCCACGAACAAGUCCGAGAAGGAGUCGAAGAAGGAUGGUGAUGGCACGGACAACAAGGUGGAGGAAGAGGACGAUGAAGAAGACGAUGACGAGGAUGACGAGGAGGAUGAUGAUGACGAAGAAGAAGACGACGACGACGAAGAAGAUGACGAAGAAGAUGAAGACGAUGACGAGGAGCCCCGGCUGAAGUAUGCCAGGCUCACUCAACACCUGGGCCCCAUCUACCGCAACGGUGAUGCGACCAGCGCGUUCCUUGUCGCGGGUGAUAAAAUGAUCAUAGGAACGCAUAACGGCAACAUCCAUGUCAUCCAACUGCCCAUGUUCCAAUCUCUCCGCGUAUACCAUGCCCAUUCCGCCUCCAUUACCAGCAUCUCCAUCUCCCCAAACCCGCCCCCCUUACCGACAGCAAGAUCAGAAGCAGUGCAAAGACUCGCUCAAGAAGCUGCUGAAAGCGUCGCAAAACAACGACCACCCUCCCGCCAGUCGGGCACUUCCCCCGCCGCCGCCUCGAGAAGGCCUAAGGAUCCUUCUCCAGUUUCCAACACACCCUCUAAUAACGUUCAUAUCGCUACAUCGUCCAUGGACGGCAACGUCUGCGUCUUUUCCCUUGUAGAUACAAAGGAUGUUCAACUGCGGAACUUUGCGCGUCCUGUGCAAGCCGUCUCACUCUCCCCCGAUUACAAGAAUGACCGGACAUACCUGUCGGGUGGUCUCGCUGGACAACUCAUUCUUACAACCGGAGGCCAGCCGGGCCGUAGCACCUCGACAACCGUUGGAACGGCAGCUGCCACCGCUUCUGGCUGGCUUGGCAGCAUGGGCUUGGGUACUAACACAGGCAAGGACACAAUCCUGCACUCUGGCGAAGGCACAAUCAAUAAUAUCAAGUGGUCACUGUCCGGGAAGUACGUAGUCUGGUUGAACGAGCAUGGCGUCAAGAUUAUGCGGUCAAAGUUGCAUCUGGAGAGUGCCGACGCGGACGACGCCUGGAAACGCAUCGGUCACGUAGAUCGCCCUCAAACAGAUGAGUGGGAAACCAUGGCAAGUGUCUGGAAAGGACGCGUCGAAUGGAUUGACGAGCAAGCUGUCGAGACCGAAGACGGGGAGGCCGGGCGCAAAGACGUUGGCUCAACGCUGGCAUCUGAAGGUUCAACGCAACAAGGAACCUCAAGUACCAAGAAGAUCGAGAGGCUACUGGUAGGCUGGGGAGGCACAAUCUGGAUCAUCCACGUCCACCCUGGUAGUGUUGGUACUGGAAAACGUGCUGGCGAAAAGUCGAUUGGACGUGCCGAAAUCGCCAAGCACCUUCGUAUGGAUUGCAUCAUUUCUGGAAUUUCGUUAUAUACCCAAAAUCUUCUCCUUGUACUAGCAUAUGUAUUACCGGAUGAUGACGAAGACGACGACAAAGAUGAGAAGGCUGGCAAGGGUCACAAAUCAAAACUGUCAACAACGUCUGCGAGCAGCGAGCCGUCUGGUGGAAUACGACGCCGCCAGAAUAAUCUACCGCCGGAACUUCGAUUAAUCGACCUGAGCUCACAAGCCGAAGUCGACAAAGAUGGGCUUAGUGUGAGCAGAUAUGAGAGGCUAUCAUCGGGUGACUACCAUCUCGGGGUUCUCCCUGCACAGAAUGCAGCCUCGGCGGUGGCUUCAUCCAAGGGCGCGCUGGAAGCAAUCACUGGAUUUGGCUCAGACAUGUGGAAUGCCGCCAUCAAUCCCAGGACACUCUUUAGCUCUGGUGCAAGUAUCAGGAGUGGACACAGCGGAGAUGGCGUCUCUAGCACGCAGGUUCCAAGUUCGGUUGGUGGCGCCCGGAAGUCAGGAACGCCUACAGUUCAUCCCAACCUCAUCAAGCCUGGAGUCAAGAUUUUCAUCCACAGCCCGUUUGAUUUUAUUCUCGGAACGAAGAGAGACCUUGGUGACCAUCUGGGGUGGCUGCUGGAGCAUCAGGACUACCAGAAAGCAUGGGAAUUGCUUGACGAGCAUCCCGAAAUCAUGGCUGCACCUCCAGAGAACCUUCAUGAACUCGUUCCUACAACGCCAGACAGAAAGCAAAGCAGUCAAGAGGAUUUUGACGAUGCCUCAUCAGUCAUGGGAUCUACAGGGCUGGCAAGACAUCCUAAUUCUUCAGCGCAGAGGGAGAAGAGACGCAUUGGCGAGCUCUGGAUUCGGGAGUUGAUUGAGGCAGGUAGCUGGGCUGAAGCCGGUAAAGUUUGCAGCAGAGUCCUUGGCUCUCCCGACAGAUGGGAAAAAUGGGUCUGGACAUUUGCUGGUGCCGACAAGUUUGAUGAAAUCACGGACUACAUCCCUUCUGAGCCGAUGUACCCGCCGAUUCCCGGCACAAUCUACGAAGUUGUCUUGAAUCACUAUAUUCAGGCAGAUAAGCUGAGGUUCAGAGAACUGCUAGACCGCUGGCCGACCGAUCUCUUCGACAUCAAGACUGUCACCACAGCCUUGGAUAAUCAGCUCAAGUACCGCGAUGUGCGAGAGGACAGCGUCGAGGGCGGUGAGAAGGGUCGCGACUGGAAGAUUGUGAUGGAGUCCUUGGCACGCUUACACGAGGCAAAUGGACGCUUCCGAGAAUCGCUCAAAUGCCACAUAAAGCUUCAAGACGCGGACUCGGCGUUCCGCUUGAUUCGCGACAACCAUCUUGCCGAAGCAGUGACUGACGACAUUCCCGGCUUCAUCGGAUUGCGGGUGCCGAACAAAAAGCUCGGAACCAUGGGACCAGACGAGCUCGAGGCCGCAACCUCGGAGGCCAUCACUCUACUCGUUGACGAAGCACAGCAUGGUCUUGUCAAACCUUCUGUGGUGGUAUCGCAGCUCGAGGAGAAGGAGCUCAACCUGUAUCUCUUCUUCUACCUGCGCGGUUUGUAUAAAGGCGAGGGAAUAGAGGAGCAUUCUGGGGAGACUCGCGACAGGCUGCUGAUGGAUAGCCAAUCCCAAGUUAACGAAUUUGCGGAUACGGCCGUUCAACUGUUUGCCAAGUACGAUCGGGACCUUUUGAUGAGCUUCUUAAAGUCCUCGACCUCGUACAAAUUCGAAAAGGCUGUCCAAGAGUGCGAAAAGUACAGGUACGACGACGAGCUAGUACAUUUGUACUCCAAGACGGGCGAAAUGAAACGAGCCCUCUAUCUCAUCAUUGAUCGACUGAAGGACGUCAAGAAGGCAAUCGAUUUUGCGAAGCAACAAGACGACCCUGAUCUCUGGGAUGAUUUGUUGAACUACAGCAUGGACAAGCCGAGCUUCAUCCGCGGCCUUCUCGAAGAGGUCGGGACAGCGAUCAAUCCCAUCAAGCUCGUGAGGCGCAUCCCCGAAGGACUCGAAAUCGAGGGCUUGAGAGAGGGCCUAAAGCACAUCAUGAAGGAACACGAGAUUCAAUACAGUAUCAGCUCGGGUGUUGCGCGGGUGCUCCGAAGCGAGGUCGCCGCCGCACAAAAUGACCUGCGCAGUGGGCAGCGAAAGGGGAUCAAGUUUGAAGUCGUCAUUCAAUCCACGGAUCAUAUCGACGUCAAGGUCAGAGACGUCGUUCAUCCGCCAGUCAGUGCGGAAGAGGUGGAAGAGAGCUUCUUCAAAGCACCAAAGGCGGUGGAACAGCCGGGCCACACGCAUCAGCCGCCGAAACCUGGCCACUGCGCUCAGUGCCACGAGUCUUUCACAGAGUACGAGAUGGAAACCUUGGUUGGAUUUGCCUGCGGGCAUGUCUUCCACCAGUCCCAUCUCAUGGAGAUGCUUUACCCUGGUAAGCGACAAGAGGCCGAUUUUGGGCUGGCUAGCGAGGAGUCGAUCCGAAGCGGGUAUCGCGUUGGCUCAAAGGUUACGCAUGCGCGCUUACUCAAGGACCGAGUGAGGGAGGGUUGCCCUGUCUGUACCCACGGGACAGAAAUACCGGUGUAA